GACCAAGUCCUCGAUUGGGGCUCCAAAAUUGGUUCACAACUAGCCCAUAAAUUGGGGCUAACUUUCCAACUUAUUGGUCCCAUCGAGCACCAUCUUUAGGAAAUAUCUUCCAGACUUGCAUGGGUAUCCAAUGGCAGCUAUAUGGGGGACUCUUUGGGUAUAGAUUGCCUUGUGGAUGUGAACUUAUACAGACCUCUAGGACAGCUUGCAUGGAGAAUAAUUAGGGAAGAAUAAGUCUGGAAUAACAGCUAGGACAGAGGAUAUUUCCCAGAUUCUUAUCAGAUCUCAUGGGACCCGAUCUUGGCUGAAUACUUCCUUGUGGCAGAGGGCUUUUGGAAACACUUGGUGGGUACCAUGGAGCCAGCUUGCGCGAGGGAUAAGACCUGGAAGAAGCUGCCUUGCGUGGGAUAAGACUUGAUAUUUUUAGUUUUUGUUUUCAUUAGCAAGGAGUUUUCCUACUAUCUAGUUUCUAUUAGCUAGGGGUUUCUAUUUUCCUUCUUUCUAUUUCUUUGUAAUCAAGUUACUUUGUCACCAAGCAGUCCACGCAUGAACUGGUUUCCUUUUGUAACUUCAAUUGCUUAUUAUUAAUACAAGCUGAAGGAGAAACCAUCCAUUUGAAGUUGAGAAAUAUGUUUGUUGACAAACUAUGGCUGUGAGACCUAUGAGAGGGUAAGAGGCCCAGGGAAGAGUGAGAGGCUCAACCCAUUAUCCCCCUUCUCUCCUUUCCAUCGAUUCUUUACUUUCCCUUUUCUUAUUGCUUUGUUUUCUGAGUAAUAAUGGCACAGUCUCUGAGACUUAUUGGAAGAUCAUUGAAGGUUCAAUCACUGCUGCUGCCCACUGCUGAUCUGAGACAUCAAUCCAAGGCCUGCAAUACUCUUGUAUUUAAGAAAUAUGGGCAGCAACUCAAUUCCACACAUCUUCCAAGCCAUUCAAGCCCCUCUUUGAGGACCUAUUAGGGUCCUCCUAUAGGCCACUCCACCACUCGAUCAGGAAUUGAAGGCCAUCAGGGGCCUGGACAUCAAGGUUAGACUGAAAAACGUCUGCGGUUGGGAACAUACGUGGCUCCCAGUGAUUCCCCCAAAACAAGGAGAGUCCACAAGCAACAAUGGCUGCUACUUCAGAAAUUCUUAAACCUGAAAACCCCAAUGAAGGCUGGACUGUUGUUCUACGUCGUCGAGGCAAACAGAGGCGCAGCAAUCUGCCCAAGAUUAAAAACUUAGAACAACAGCAACAACAACAGUCACAACCAGAAACUUGGACGCCAAUGGAUCUUGAAACUGAUCCAAAAAGAGAAUCAAAACUGAUGCAAAAGAUUCACAUGUGCAUGGAGAACCUCAACAAAACUGAAUUCUACCGUACUUUCCUCGAUCAAAUCCAAGCUCCUCAAAUCAUUGGUCACUUUUCUAGGGUUCUGGGUUCUGAAUACAAAAUGCAGAUGGUAAUAUAUGGGAUUGGCAGUAUCGAAUCAUAUGAACCCCCGAGAUUGCAGCUGAGCCUGGCAAUCUUGAUCAAGAGAAAGUUCGAUUGGAUUGGGGACAUUGAGAUCUUUGAUCCAGUCAUAUCAACUACAGAAGCCAAGGUCUUGGAAGCUUUGGGUUGUCAUGUUUUAUCUGUAAAUGAGCAGGGACGGAGACGAGCAUUGAAGCCUACAAUAUUCUUUAUGCCACACUGUGAGGCCAUUUUGUAUGACAAUCUGUUACAAGAAAAUUGGAAAGCAGAGUUCUUAACUAAGAUGGUGGUGUUUGGGAACAGCUUUGAGAGGUAUGAGCAACAUGUGGUGGAUUUCAAGCACUCAGUUGUUGGAGAUUCAGUAAAGCAUGUUUUGGGUAGUAGAAUGUUUAUAAAUGAAGUUAAGAUUGAAACCAUUUCGGAUGAUUUUUUCAGAGCUUUUCAUGAUUCAAGCUGGCAUUUUUUCAACUUAGAUCAAAAAAUGGAACUCCAAGACAUUCAAUUGUGAAGCAGCAUAUUGUAUUUCUUGAUCUAAUGGGUAUUUUUCCAACUUGAGAGAUUCAAGUUUCAAAAAUAUAAUUUUAUCAUAUUUCCUCCUUUAGUAUCAAAGCAAAUCAGCUACCAGUGUAUACUGUUUGAUUGCAUCCCUCCCUUUUGGGGGGAUGAUAGAGAUUGUGGAUUUCAUAUGAUAUUCCAACAGUUAAGGAUACAUAUGGAUGUGAAAAGUGAGGAUUCAUUUAAUAUGUAAGAACAUGUAUUCAAACUUGUAUUGUUAAAGUUGAAAUGAAAAGGUAUGCAUUGUCUCUCUUAGAAGGGUCUUUUGGCCACAUAA